AUGAUUAUUGAUAUUCAUUUAGAAGUCUUAGACGAAUGUCAAAAAGGGGACACCAAACUGGUUCAGGAAGACUUUUUUGAAAUUUUGGUUCAAGAAUUCAUGGGAAGCAAAUUUAUAAAAGAAGAAAAUAUUCCUAAGGAACAAGUUUCUAUGGUUGAUGUUCCUAAGGAACAUGUUCUAUGUUCAGAUUCCGGGUUUCUGGAAGGAAGACUUUCUUCCUAUAGAAGUUGUUCCUGA